GCGGCCCGCGGAGCGUCGGCGCGACCGGCCGCCCGUUUGGCGCCAUUCCGGACGUUGGGUGGCGCGUGCGAGGAGGUCGUGGCGCGCGCGCGUCGGAGGCUGGACCGAGUGACGCGCCAAGAUGGCAGCGCUAACGAGCCUGGCGCUGGUGGGAGCCGUGCCGAUGACGGCGGAGGAGUACGAUAGAUCACGACUGCUGCCGUUCGUCCAUCACCUGCUGAACAGCGAGAUUGUGCGGAGGGUGCUCAGCAACUGGACGCCGCCGCCGCCACCAGAGACCGCCGACGCUGCGACCUCUGUGACCGAGGCGGAGCUGGCGGUGGCGGCGGCCCGCGGUCGAAUCGGACCGCCGCCGGACCUGGUGACGUGUCACCAGGUACCGCCAGAGGUCACCGACUACCGGGGAGCCUCUGCCGGGGAGCCGACCCCCGCGCAGCUGCAGGUGCGCUUGGAGAGGCUACAGGUGGUGCGCCGGGCGGCCGGGAGGGACCGGUCCCCGGGGGAUGUCUGCCACAGUCCGCCGCCGCCGCCCGGGCCCGACUGGGCAACUACUCUGACUCCGUGUCUGCAUGAGGACUCUGCGGAGGACGCGGACGAUGAGGACUCGGAGGACCAGCAGGAGGGGAGUCGCGGAGGACGAUCGGCGCGGCGCGGCGGCGUCGGUCGCGAGCUGGGCGCCGUCGCCGACCGGCUCGACGCUCAGAGGUCCCUGGGGACGCCGAACAACGCACAGAGCCGGCGACCGAAAACUCCCGAUGAGGUGACCGAAGUGCCGGGACUCACCGGUGGCAUAGCGUCGACCGCUGUCACUGCCUGCGGACUGGCCGCCCUGGGCUUCCUCGUCCGGCAAAUGUCCUCAUCUGACAGCUAAGCUGUCUAGGACGCUGCCGAGGUGACUGCCGCUGCUGAAGGGGGUUUAUGGCGGCGUUGAAGCUGAGGGCGUUGC